AAAAAAAUACGUGUCAAGAGAGAUCAACAUAGAUUUGCACAGGUUGUAUAGCGAAUGAGCUGAAUGAUCUCAAUGUGUUUUUCUUGUUGUUUAUUCGAUACGUAAAGAAGUAAUGUAGGAAAGUGAAAGUGAAAUAGAAUCCUUGAUUGAUUAAUAAGAAAGACUAACUAGAACUUGUUGGACGAGGAAAUCAAUCGGAUGUAAGGAAAGUAUCAAGCACAGAACGAAACAGAAUUGGAUAAUCUUGUAAUCGCGAAUUUUUGAAUUUCAUAUCUCAAAAUGUCUUACAUGCUAUCACAUUUGGAAAACGGCUAUCAAGUCGAUCAGGCUAUUUUAUCGGAAGAAGAUCGAGUCGUGGUUAUUCGUUUUGGACAUGAUUGGGAUCCAAUGUGUAUGAAAAUGGAUGAAGUACUCUAUAACAUUGCGGAAAAAGUUAAGAACUUUGCCGUUAUUUAUUUGGUUGACAUAACAAAAGUACCAGAUUUUAAUAAAAUGUAUGAACUGUACGAUCCGUGUACAGUAAUGUUCUUCUUUAGAAACAAACACAUCAUGAUAGAUUUAGGUACUGGCAACAACAAUAAGAUCAAUUGGACAUUAGAAGACAAGCAAGAAAUGAUCGACAUCAUCGAGACAGUUUACAGAGGCGCAAGGAAAGGACGAGGUUUGGUAGUUUCUCCUAAAGAUUAUUCCACUAAAUAUCGAUAUUAAUUUAGAGUUAGCAAGUAUCUUGAUAUCAUUACUUGAAAAAAAUAUAUUGGCACUAUAUUUAUUUGAUAUUAAAGAUAUUACAUUGGACAAAUCAAAUUUUAAUAAACAAUGUAAAUGCAUUAUGUGCUUUUUAUUGAAAUUUGUGUGCAUAUCUUGAAUAAAUGAAGUAUGAAGGUGUA